AGCUGCGGCUUGCGACGGAGCAAGCGCGAGCCACCGCGUCGACGCGCGUCGCGGAGGCGCCCAGUGGGGCAGCCCCAAACCAUGACCACCGACGGCUUCCUCGCCGUCCGCAACGGCAACCUGCCCCUGCUCAAGCAUCUCAUCGCAGAGAAGAAGACCAGCCUCACGCAUACGAGGUGGAGCGGCAUGACAUUGCUCCAUCGCGCGGCGGACGUCGCCCAGGUCGAGAUCAUCAAGUACCUGAUGGAGCUCGGCGCCGACGCCUCGGCCAAGACGUUUCGAGGCGGCGACACGCCGUUGCAUCUGGCCGUGAGCGCGGGCCACGAAAAAGCCGCGAUGGCGCUGCUCGAGGGCGGCGCGCCCUGGGUGCCCUCGAAGCAAAAGCCGAAAAUGGCCGUCAAUAAUCGAGGGGAAACGCCGAUGAGGACCGCGGUACGCAAGGGCUACCAGCUCAUGGCGCAGCGGUUAGAACUGCAGUACUACAUCCUUGACGGGCAGCGACAAAAAGCCAAGGCCGCCGAGGCGCGGGCGCGCAAGUCGCGCGAGCCCACGCCGAAUCCCACGCCGCGGCCGCCUCCGAUUAAUGAGGAGCGGUCCGAGGCGACGGGCCCGCCCUGGGUGCCGGAGCCGUCCCUGCCCGAGGCCGCGCCGCCCGCGCCGGCGGGGAUAAGCUAGUGUUUUUGUGACUUACAC